GCCACAUCUGGUCGGAGUAAACAAAAUCCCCUUUUUUUUAAGCGACUGAGGUUGUUUUGAGUGUUCGCCUACAGCAACUUUAAAAAACAACAACGUUAUCUUGAAACGACAUUAGCCGAGGUUCAACUAAUUCAAAGAAAGUUUCUCCUCGCGUGUCGCGGAACGUUUCCUGAUUAGUCGAAUCUGCGUCGAGGCUGUGACACGCGCACCUUCCGUUUGGUUUCGCUUGGUUGGUGUUGAACUUUGUCCCUAAUGAUGUGACACUUUUCAUCAUAGGUAAAGUAGGACAUAGGUGCACGCACGACCAUGUUGUUUCAUCUGUUGAUACUCCUUCAACUCCUGUCUCGCGGAGACCUGGCCUGUGUGAGGAGGCUGCUGUCGGACCAUGAAGACCAAGAAGUGUUUGUCGGUGAAGGGGACGCGAAGUCGUUCUUGGGUCGCCAUCUGUUGUUCAACCGGUUCGACUUUGAGAUUUUCGUUCCUGGAAAUCUGGAGAGGGAGUGUUAUGAAGAAGACUGCAAUUACGAAGAAGCAAGGGAGAUCUUUGAAAACAUCCCGGCUACAGAGGAUUUUUGGAAGCAAUACUCUGCAGAAAAGGACAAACGCCACACGCGGGUUGAUGUGACCGCUCUUUUGGUGGGAUUGGUUGCUGUUGGUGUGGUCAUUGUUAUUGGUGGCCUUCUGCUCUGGUAUUUCUGCCAUGGCAAAUGCAAGACCUUUAAUCGCGCAAACUCCAUCCAGGUGCGACCGAGGAGGAGUAAUGCUUCUCUAAUAAUGCGGCGGUUAGAGGAGGUGUCCUUACAACCUGUUCUCCCACCUCCACAUCCAGCUGUGGAGGAGCCGGUGGGGUUGCCUUCUUAUGAGCAGGCAAUUGCAAAAACUGGACCGUAUGAUGCCCCACCUCCUCCCUAUCCUGGCUCACAACCUGGGAGUAUUCGGCGGUAGUAUCUCCAGGACAACACAUCUGCAUGUCUCAACAUUAAGCAGACAAUUGACAACCAACAGUUAUAUUGUUCUAUACUGCUUGGCAUUGUAUGCCACUUUAUUUUCACCAUCACAAGAAUUAACUAAUAUCUUAUGCCUUAUUUUUUCUUCUUCUCUUCUCUUUUUCCACUCCCACAUGUCUGCCCUGUUGGGGUACCUUUUCCUCGGCAGAAUAAUCUCCUUUUCUGAUCACGCUUGUGCCAAAACAUAGUACUCAGUUGUCUGGACUAACUAUUUUCCAUGGUCUAAUUAUGCUUGAUGAUAUCACCAUAAACCUGUGCAGAAUAAGCUUUAUAAUACAUUUUGCCCAGUUUGUGGCUUUUUGUCUUAACGUAAAUGAAGAAUCGAUCAUUAAUUGGACAUGAGGGAUUUAAAUGCUGGAGCACUUAGGUUCUUAGGGAGCAGUUGCUCUAGAUACAGCAUGUAUAGACUGGCUGAGAGAAACAUUCUGAUUAUGUUUCAUUUCAUAAGUAUUAAUUGCAAAUGAAGAGAAACAGACUGAUCUGUGUAGUUAUACAACUUUCUGUCUCUAGAAGGAAAAAUAGUAACACUGUUUUCAAUGGUAUGAAUGUAUAUAUAAUAUCACCAUGCAGAAAAUGCUUUAAGGAGAAUACAACUGUUUUGGUUUCCAUCGUCUAUUUGCUUUGUAAAGAUUAUCUUUGUACUUUAAGCUUGAUAUCAUAAUCUUUUUCUCUUUUUUUGAUGUGCAGAUUUCCUUGCUGUUUUUUAACCUCUUUUGUGUCAGGAGUCAUGUUUGAGUCACCAACUAAUAUGUGAAGUAAUGUUUAAUUUCAAUAUAUACAUUGUAGUUUAUUAGAUUAUUAAAUUGAUGGAAGGUGGAAGCUCUUUAAAAGAAGAUUUAUACAGAAGAACAUUUAACAAUUCUACAAGAAAGUUAUCGCUGUGAGAAAAAGAAAAGCAAAAACAUCACUCGCCUAAUGCCGGGGUAGCCUUGUUGAAGCUGAUCUGUACCAGAACUACUUGAAAUUAAAAUCUUUUAUAGAUAACUUUUUAAAUAAAAUUUAUAUUUCAAAUUA